AGAGGGCGAAAGGUGAGAGGCAUGACGUGGGGUGAAUCCGCAUUCGUCCCCGCCCAGGGGCGGAGGGCGGGAACCCGGAGAGAGUAUAAAUGGAGAGAGUGUGACAGGGAGUGGGAGAGAGACUGGUAGAUAUUACAGAGUUAGCGCCGUGUACCGGGGGGGGGAAAAAACAGGCUUUCCCUCAAACAGGGACCGUAAGCGUCUGGGGAAUAGGGUCAGAGACAGUGACACACACUGAGGGUCGGGGGGAGACAGGGAGAGGGUCAGAGACAGUGACACACACUGAGGGUCGGGGGGAGACAGGGAGAGGGUCAGAGACACACACACACACACACACAGUGAGGGUCAGAGACAGUGACACACACACACAGACAGUGAGGGGGAGACAGGGAGAGGGUCAGAGACAGUGACACACAGACAGUGAGGGUGAGGGGGAGACAGGGACACUGCUAUCGGGGGGGUGGGGGAGACGGUGAGCCCCCGGUAACCCCGGAGCUCAGUCGCGGCAGUUUCUGUGCCGAGCCAUGGAGCAGGGGAAUUUCUACGAGGCGGAGCCGCGGGUGCCGGUGCCGGGGCCGGGAGCGCUGCCUUACCGGGGCCCGGAGCUCGGAGAGAUGGCGGAGCACGAGCACUCCAUCGAUAUCAGCGCGUACAUCGACCCCGCCGCCUUCAACGACGAGUUCCUCGCCGAUCUCUUCAGCCAGCACGGCGGCGGCGCCAAGGGGGGCCGGCCAUUCGGCAGUGGGAGAGCAGGGCCGCCCUUCAGCCCGUUGCACGGCUACCUGGACGGCAAGGCGGAGGGGGCGUGCGGCCUGAGGCCGGUGGUAGUGAAGCAGGAGCCCCGGGAGCAGGAGGAAGCCCUCCGGCCGAGGGCAGGACCGGGAUUCGCCCUGCAGCAGCAGGUCGCUCAAUGCGGCCAGACCUCGGUGCAGCUAGCCCCGGGGCAGCCCACCCCCCCGGCCACUCCCCAGGGCAGCCCCGGGAGGCAGGGCCUCGCCAAGGGCAGGAAGCCGGUGGAUAAGUCCAGCCUGGAGUACCGCCUGAGGAGGGAGAGGAACAACAUCGCGGUGAGGAAGAGCCGGGACAAGGCCAAGCUCCGGAACGUGGAGACCCAGCACCGGGUCAUCGAGCUCAGCAGCGACAACGAGAGGCUCCGCAAGAGGGUCGAGUACCUGAGCCGGGAGCUGGAGACCCUCCGGGGCCUCUUCAGGCAACUACCCGAGGACUCGCUGGUCAAGGCCAUGGGGAGCUGUGCCUGAGGGACACGCUCACCCCACCAUUCCCCCCCCCCAUCACUGUGUGUGGGUGGGGGGGACACCCAGACAUUGAGGCUCUCUGUGUGUUUGACAAAGAGCUGAAACUCUCCAAAGACUGCGGCACCCGUUUGGGGGUGGGGGAGAGAGACACUGAGAGACAACGGGGGCUGAACCCCCCCCCCCCCCCCCCCCCGGUACAAACUGUGCAGCUCCAGGCUGUGACCAACAACACCGCCCCCCCACCCCCUCGGAAAGGAGCCUGAGCUGGACCUAGUGUCGGUUGUUAAGUUGAAGGAGGGGGUGGGAAUUUUGAUGGAAACUGCGACAAAGUCUUGCGUGGUUUGCGGGGGGUGUUUAAUGUGAAACGUGCCCCCUGCCAGUGAGGCGGGGGGUGGGAGGGUGUGAAACAGUUGGGAUCCUGCGGAAUACCAGGAUCGCGUCCCAUUCCUUUGGAAAUGCCUCACCCUGAGAAUGUGUGUCCGGGCUGGACUUGCCUGCAUGUUGACUUUCAGGGGGAGGGGACUAUGUUCGGAGGGGUGGGCGCUCUCUCCGUGGAGGGGGGGGUGGUAUUUGUGGAUGGCUUAUACAGGGUGAGGGUCUGGCACUUCGUGCUAGCGGAGAUUUCCCUCGGUGUAAUUCUGUCAGCGAUUUGAGGGCUUUUUUUAAAAAAGAAAUAGCUAAUUUGUACCUAUAGCUUACUAUACAAACAAUUUUAUGAAAGUGUAUAAUAAACAGAUUAUUCUAUUUAA